AUGGCUGAUGCUGAAAAGCUCAAUGUUGACAGCAUUAUAGCUCGACUUUUGGAAGGUUAGUUUCGCUUCGGCUGUUGGGUUCGGUCAAUCAGAAGUUAUCUGAGGACAGUUUUAACGCCGUUUCUUGUUUUUCAGUGCGAGGUUCAAGACCAGGGAAGAACGUUCAACUCACAGAGGCAGAGAUCCGAGGGCUAUGUAUAAAAUCCAGAGAGAUUUUUCUGAGCCAACCCAUCCUUCUAGAACUCGAAGCUCCUCUCAAAAUUUGCGGUGAGUACGCCUACAAAAUGCCGGUGUUCCCGUCGUGAGCUUCUAUUCUGCGUAUUUGCGUGCAUUUCGGACAAAAUUUUAUCCUUUAUAUUUGAUUUGUUGUAGGAGACAUCCAUGGGCAAUACUAUGAUCUGCUACGGUUGUUUGAGUAUGGCGGUUUUCCACCCGAGUCGAACUAUCUCUUCCUUGGUGAUUAUGUGGACCGUGGAAAACAGUCGUUGGAAACAAUAUGCCUGCUUUUAGCUUAUAAAAUCAAGUACCCCGAGAACUUCUUUCUCCUUCGUGGAAAUCACGAGUGUGCGAGUAUUAAUCGUAUUUAUGGAUUUUACGACGAAUGUAAGUAAACAUAUUUGAAUCGCUGGAAAUUCAAUUGAAUUGCUGAUCGUUGCGUUCGCUUGCACGAGUUUCACGUUCAGAGCAUUACGUUUUGUAGUUAAAAUUUUCGGUAUUUUUUUCUUACAGGUAAAAGAAGGUACAACAUAAAGUUGUGGAAAACGUUCACAGAUUGCUUCAACUGUCUCCCUGUGGCUGCGAUCUUGGACGAGAAAAUAUUCUGCUGUCAUGGAGGUGAGUUCUAUUAAAGGUUUGAAACCGUUUUUUUUGUCAACAGUAACUUCUUGUCUUUGUUUAACGAAUACUCCAAUUGGAGAGCGCACGUGAAAGAGUAGAGAAGUAACUAGAAGCGAAAGUGGUAUUUAGAAAUUUUUGUUGAUUUAUUUGCAGGCUUAUCUCCCGAUUUACAAUCCAUGGAACAAAUUCGGCGGAUAAUGCGACCGACUGAUGUCCCCGAUCAAGGUAAGCCGAUUUAAAUGUCGCAAAAAACCCGGCAUAGAUACAUUUUAGAGCUAGGUAGCUAACAGGAACGUGUUGCUGUAAACAUUUCCGCUUGAAUUCCAGUGACCUAUAUCGGUAUGUAGGUUACGUACUUUGAACUGUAUUAAAACUGCAGCAGACUUUGUUGUUUAAUUGCCACAGUCAAUAUAUUUAUUUUAUGUGUUUAUCGCUUUAGUGAUUGAAGAAGUGAUGGAAAAUUACACAUUUUAAGUCUAAAGGUUUCGAGUUCUUUAAUCGAGUUCUGGUUUUGCUCGAAAUUAACUAGAUUUGCCAUCAUUGUUUUGGACGAAUCUGAAUUAUUAAUGAUUAGUUGAAGACUUCUUGAAUUGCUGUUUUUCAUAUUUAAUAUUUUAAAAAACGAUUGGAAAAUCAUGUCAUUUGGUCGAUUCAAUUUUUUUUAAUUGACUCAAGCUACCGAGCAAAAAAAUACCAACAAUUUUUCAAGCAUGACCAAUAAUAUUUUGACGUGGCUGACGUGACGUUGUGAUUUAAUAUUUUAUCACACUAUUUUUCAUACUAGUUUUUAGUUAAGUUGAAUUAUUGUGAGCUGCCAGUUGAUGGAAGUUAAUGAUAAUGGGAAUAGCUGCAUGAAUCAACCUUAAAGUGCGAUGAAAACUAGAUUAAAUUGUCAAGAACACUUCUUUUUGGAGGAGAUUGCAUAAUGACAACUACCUGACAAAAGGGAUUAGCUCCAUUAGAAAAUAAAUGCGCUGCUGCAUUAUCUAGGAAUUAUACUUUAAAAAACAAGUUUUAUCCAUGAGAUUUGUAUAAGUCUCUGCUGCGGCAUAUGGUUACUUUGUGCAGUAGUAUAUUACUGGUAACACGAGAUGAAUAGUUUUAUCAGAUUUGCAAAAGCAAGGAUGUGGGUUCAAAAACAAAGCAAAGCUUGGUUUUCUAAACCUGAUUAAGUCUUAUGGAUAUCAGAUUAAACACCAUCUUAAGUAUUUCUGAAAUUAAUGAUCUGUCUUGAUGAUAUUCACAUCAUGUAAGUGUUCUGGCAAUUAGGGUGGCAUUUCCAAACUUUUCUAGUGAAAUGAGUUUCUUGUAAUGUACAUGAUUUGUGGGACACCAUCAAUAAGAAAUUAUUGAAGUCAUUUCAUUAGUUUAUAAUUAUGGUUAUAAUGUAACUUAUAAUAAUUAUAAUGAUCAUAAUUAUUAUAAUGUAGCUUAGGCAGUGCUAGUUUGUUUGAGGUGGUUUCUUCCAUUUAAUGCAUAGUAAUCUUAUUUGAUUUUGUCAAUUAGGGUUACUGUGUGACUUGCUAUGGUCUGACCCUGAUAAAGAAGUUCAAGGAUGGGGCGAGAAUGACAGGGGAGUGUCAUUCACAUUUGGUCCAGAUAUUGUCUCCAAAUUUCUAGCGAAGCAUGACUUGGAUCUUAUCUGCAGAGCCCAUCAGGUGAGGUUUAUAUCUGGGCCCAGUUGCUCAAAAGGUGGUGUUCACGGGAUAAAAAUCUAUCCGGUGGAUAACACAAUUUGUUUCUCAAAUACUUCUCCAGUGGCUAGGGCCAUCCAACAUUUGAACAAUCAGUUCCUAGCAAGCACAAUCCUCCAGACAUUCAAGUAAAUUUGUUAUCGGGAGAGUAUGCUUUUCUCUUGUCUGAAUUUCAAAACCGUACAUUUCACUUGUUAGGGCCAUUUAUACAAGGAAAAAUAAAAUGCAUGUUACAAAAGACUUUUUAUAAUACAAAAAUAACAUCUUAAAUAAGAUGUGACUUAGCUUAGAUGCACAUUAUUUACUGAUAUAAAUGGUUCAUUUGCAAGUCAUAUUUAAGAUGCAUCCCCCUUUUCCUGUAUGAAUGGCUCUAUUUCAUGUAAAUGGUACUUCAUGUCAGUGAAGUUAACUUUUCCAUAAUUUACAUAUCUCUCUGCAUGGCCAAGGACAACCAUGAAUAUUAUCCAUUGCAGUGCAUGUUCAAAGUACACAGACUGUAUGAUUGAUAAAAACACUGGGUGACUCGUAUACUUCAAUAUGUGCUAAGCCCAUUGGGCUUUGCUGAACAAAUUUCGCUUAUUGUCUUAUGUUGGUAUAACAAAUAAACUUAAUAACAAUAAUUUCUUUUAAACAACAGGUUGUAGAAGAUGGUUAUGAGUUCUUUGCCAAGCGGCAGUUAGUGACACUAUUUUCAGCACCUAAUUACUGUGGAGAAUUUGAUAAUGCAGGUGCCAUGAUGAGCGUGGAUGAAACACUUAUGUGUUCCUUUCAGGUGAAUAUCUUGCAUUAUGGUAAAAAACUCAUGUACUUUGAAUGACUACUGUCAGUUAUGUUUUUAAAAGAAUGAAAAGGCUUCAAACUAGAAAAUGCUUCUAUUUUGUGCAUUAUGAAUUCUGUUUGACAAAGAACUUGCUUUACUACUAUUUUCCCCUUUCCCCUUUUUCAUCCUUGCCCCAGGGAUCGAAAAAAGUCCUGUCCAGUAGUUUGGGACAAUUUGAUUUCCUUACUUAAAGCCCACUUGCUUAAUGGGCAAAGGGCAAGAUUCUGGGAAAGUUAUCUUUCAACCUAAACAGUACGUAAGGACAUGUUAGAAGAAUUCAACAGGGCUCGACGUUGCGACCUGUGGGGUCGCCAAUGCGACCAGCUUUUAUGCAGUGGCAACUAAAUUUUCACGCCUGGUCGCCAACCUGGCCUCCGAGAGAGGUGACUUUCUUCUUUGGGAAAACGUACACUAAUGAUAAUUUGUUAUCCUUUAAAAAACUAACGGAUAGUUAACGGUUUUUCUAACGCUCUAACCUUUUGCCCAAACGCUUUAACGGUUCGUUCAAAAGGCGUUUUAACGAUUUGUCUAGACGCUUUAACGAUUUUUUCCAACACUCUAAAGGAUUGUCCUUAUGAUCUAACAGAUGGUCCGUCUAACACUUGACUUUUACUUGAAAGAGGAUUGUGAAAAUCCCAAGUGCUGAAUUCAACGGAGGUCUUAUCGACUUUCGGGCAAAUCGAUCGCAAUUCUCAACAGGUCGUCCCGUGUUUCUCCAGGAAUGACUUUUAGCGCAUUGAUUUAAAACAGUUUCUUAAUAUGUCGAACAUGUUUCUCGAUUUUCGGACUCGAUAGCAGAUUAGUCUGAUAAAGCUUAAGCUAAUCGAGAGCCAAUGGCGCUCAGUUAUUUCUCGAGCUUCUUGUAAACAACUUUCUGUUGAGCGUGACGACCCAAAUAAAAGCUCUGCCAUAUUUUACUGACUUCUAAUGAAGUACCGUUGAAUUCAUGCUCUUUGUCUAACAGACUUCUCGCGAAAUCAACUUUUUUGCCCAAAAACAUUAGCGACGUUUCCUCUUUCUAGAGACUUUCGAUCACGUGCUACACAACCGCGAAAUAGAUCAAGUUUCACCAAUGUUCAUUUCUGAACGUGAAAAUACAUGGGACGCAAAACAAAUUUUGCAGAUUUUGUUCUUGAAUAACUCAAAUAGGUGUUUUUUUAUUUCUAGAGUUUGUUUAUCUAAAUGUGCAUUCCAUUGCUUGAAUACCUGUUUGAGGAGAUUUAUGCCUGAGUACGGGUUCAUUUUCCCGAACAACGGCUGGUAAUCGAGCCUCGAGCGAAAACCGUUCGAAAGAAAGUUCAAAGGAAGUCUAAAGCAUUCUUUUUCUGUUAAGGCUAAGUAAAAGACGUUAAGUUUAUUGUAUUCCAUUAGUUCUUAAAUAUAAUAUUUGGCGACUAGAAGACUUAAUCUGGCGACCGAAAAAGAAAACUUGGGGGCCAGUUGGCCCCAACAUUUUUUUCUGAAAGUCGAGCACUGUAUGUUUUUUUGAGCCCUGCCUGCCAAUGAACAGUUCUUACUCACCACAUUUUCAUUAAAACCAUCCCUCUAAAAGAUUGCACAGAAUGAGCAGUGGUUUUCAAAUGAUAUUUACUGUCACUUAAAAAAGUCCAGCAAUUGAUAACUAUCAUGAUGGAAAUCAGUCUUAACUUUAAACUGAAGUCUGUCUAAUCAUUGUUACAAUCAUCACUGCCAUAGCUGUGAACACUGAGUUUUCUUUUUUUUUCCAUAUAAUCAGUGUUUUUUUGUCAAGGAUCAUUGCAAUGGCAGCUAUCAUACAGAAACCAAACUUUAUUUAGAUUAUUUUGUAACCCAAUGCCAUUUUUCACAUAGUGUUUUGUUAUUGUCCACAGAUUCUAAAGCCUGCCGACAAGAAAAAGUUUCCAUACGGAGGUUUGAACUCUGGUCGUCCGGUAACACCACCAAGAGGACAACAAGGAAAAGGGAAAAAGAAAUGAUAUUUGUAUGAUACGAUCUUUUGCAGAGACUGUAAAAUAUUAUUGCCAUACAGUUUAGUUUAUUUUGUAGAGUAGCCUUAAAGAAAGUUGAUGGACUUCUCUUUUCAUAGUUUACAGAAAAAAAGCAUCCAUGUAAUUUUACCUGUUUUGAGUGCAGCUUGAUAUCAUUUAUGUGUUUUUGUUGUAUUUAAUCUUCUCUCAUUAAUUUUACCUGUUUUGUGAAAUACUGUACUACCUCAUUCUGUGAUAUUUUUGCAAGUCUGACCAGUGGUGUUAAUGCACCAUGGAAGAAAGCUGUGAAAUAUAGGCUAUAUUUUUUGCGGAAUUGAAAGCAUUGAUAUUGUAUUUUAUCCAAAACUGAAUUGCAAAAGUAAAGCUGCAAGAUGAAGGUCCAUCAAUUGAAAAAGUAUUUUAAACUAUGCUAGAAAAAUAUUGAGAAUGAGGGAGUUUUGUUGUAGACAUUAUGAUUAUCAUUAUUACACUGUAUCAUCAUCAUUAUUAUUAUUAUUGCUUUGCCAGCUUUUAAAGCAUUUAAGGGGAGGGUCAAGCACAUACAUUGCAAAGAUGAUAUAGCAGUUUGUUAGCUUCCUGUUGGGUAUAUUUUAC